AUGAUGGAUCCUACUGUUUUUGCUGUUCUGGACACUACUAAUUCCAAUUUCUCUGAAAAUUUCUAUUCUAUGGAUUCUGAAGUCUUCAAGCCAUCCACUUCUGACUUCGAAGAAGAUGAAGACACCUAUUCUGAAAUUUCUGAUUUCUCGGAUUUUGAUUUUCCUGAUUCAGAAGAGGACGACGAUGCUCAAACUCUAGAAGAAAUUCAAAAAGAAAUCGACGAAGAAUUCGAGAGACUUCUUAAGGAAUUGGACCAAAUGGAUGCUGAAAUUCAGGGAUUGCGCCAGAGUUUAGUUUGA